UCACUUUUUUGUUGUGCUUAUAAAUUUAUUUUUUAUUUGUCAAGUGUCUAAGUAUGCAAUCAAGUUUGUCAGUUAAUCGUUCUAAUCAACGUCAUUCCUUUUUAUAUUGAAGAAUUGUGAAAAUUUUUAGUGAAAAUACAAUUUUCAAAAGAGAAAAACAAAAUACGAAGAAAACCUUUCAUAAUUUGCCAAACACACGGACAUUUAAUAAACAGAAACGUAUUUUAGAUAAGAAACAAUGUCUUCAUAUUCUAUAGUAAGACGUCACAAAUGCAAAAUGGAAAAAUCAAGUUCAAUAGAAGUAAAUCCAAAUGAUACAAAAUACUACAAUAUGAAGCAGUUCAUUAAUUUGGUUUCUGAAUAUAUUCAAACAAAAGCUGAAGAUACAGCCAAUGUAAUAAACAGGACUAUGCAGCUGCUGAGUGUUUCAGUUGAUUUAAGUAUAUUUGAUCCUCAUACUAGCAUUGCAUCCGAAUUUUACGUGAGUCUUUACGAAUUAUUAUCAAACGUAGAACCGCGUUCUCCACUAGCAUGGUGUUCUGUGAAUGUUUUAAGUUUAGCAUGCAAAAAUCCUGCUUCCAGACAUGCUCUAAUUCAUACCUAUCAAUUUUUACCACUACUAUCAAGAUUAGUUGGUGAUCAUCUUACAACCGAAAAGAAAAUUAGACUUUUGGCACUAAUGCAAGAAUUAACAUGUGGAAUAAAAAUAUCCUGGCAAAUUCCACAUCUAUCACAUCUUAUGGCCACAUUGACAAAAUGGGUUGAAGGACAAGAUGAAGAAAUCAUCACUUUGUCGCUUGGAAUUUUAGUUAAUUUGUGUUAUAAAAACCUUCCUGCUAUUUACACACUUUCAAGGUGUGUAGAUAUAAAGAAAUUUGUGAGAAUGUGUGUUCCACUACAGGGCGUAAAAAUAGAAGUACAUGUGUGCAAGCUUUUAAUCAUUUUGGAAUAUAUGAAUGGACAAGUGCCAAAAGCAGCUUUUUUGAAGUUAAUGGAAGUCACAUUUAAAUCUCUAACGGAAGCAUAUAAAGCCCGAGAUCCGAUUCUUUUAAGGCACGUUGUCGAAUUUUUCUUAGACGUUUCACAACAGGGGAAUCACAUGGACGUAAUUUUAUCAUAUGAAAAUUUCGCGAUUGAAACUGAAAAAUUAAUGAUUACUAUCGAAGGUAACUUAACAAACGACGACCAUCCCAGUGAAAACAUAGUUCAACAGGAGCCCGAGUGUAUGGCGCUUCUCCUCGAGUUUUUUCACGCAGUUAUCGAAAUGAAAAUACCCAAAAUCGAAUUGCUUCAUUCUCGGAUGGUCGCUCUCGCCCUUAAAUGGCUUCAGGUCGAAGCUGUUUGUUCGCAGGCUCUUGCAGUUUUACGAACAGUCGCCGUAAAUUCGGCUUAUGACAGCACGAUUUCAGAGCAGCUUAUGGUCGGUCUGCCCAUAUUCACGUUCGUGUUAAACGUCAGCGAAGAUGAUUUCUCCGCCAGUAUAGAACGUAAUAAACGUUUAAACGCUUUGAUGCAACUGCUAAAGGUUUUGGUGCUUUGCCCUAAUUCUCAGAGUCGGAUCGUGAAUGCAAUUGAAAAUGAAUAUUUAGAAAAGAUAUUUUUGCCACUGCUUGGGCUUAAAUCGCCUAGGGAAAGAGCUACUGACGCCAGUACCAUGUCGCCCGAAGCCAUCGGUCUUUAUGUUAAUGCUGUAGCUUUAAUUGUUGAACUGGCUAAAAUUAAUCCAGCUUGUGUAGAUAUGCGGGAUGAAUUAUUAAAGCACAGACAAAUCCAUAUGGUCCUGGCUCAAGCCCUAUACAAUGGAUGCAAAGACACAAAAGCCACAGUUUUAGAAUUAACUUCGAAUAAAUGCAUUUCACCUGAGUCUAUAGCGAAUGCAAUGACUGAAAUGCAGUCAUUGAUUGGAACCGAUGAUCACAGAACUGUUCCUGGGAAUGGUUUCAACGACAGCACUUGGUGCUUCCCCGUCAUGUCUGUUUCACAGCUUGAAAGACUUGACGAAGUUAUUAAUAAAUUAAAUACAGCCGUGUCACAAAAUAACAUGAUAAACGUAUCGACUUCGGACGUUAUGGAACUAUUUGAGUACAAAUUGGCGUCUAUGCGACACGUCGAAAGGGCGUCAAUCGUAAGUAUGGAAGCAGCGUCUCAGAGAAGUACCCAUUUACAACACAGAGCUGCGCAACUAACCGCCGAGUUAAAUAGGUUGCACCAGCUGCUUUUUCACGUGCAACAGUGUCACGAAGAAGUCACGAAAGCUAGGGAUGAGAUCCAAAAAAGCAAUUCCGACUUAAGUAAUAGAUUAGAAGCAGAAAAGGGGCGGUGCAAAGUAGCGUCAAGCCAACUAGCAGCAAAAGAGAGAUUAUUAGCAGAGAAAACUACAGAGUUGGAAGACGCUUUAAGACGUCUUCAUUCCGCAGAGGAAGGAAGAACUGUCGCCGAAGAACAGAUAACGGAUUUAAGGAGAGUAAUAGCCAAAUUAGAAGAGAAUCUUGUAAGAAAAGAGAAAUUGGUGGAGAAAAAAGAGGAACUUACUCAACGAUUAACAAUCACGUAUGAUAGUUUAAAAAUGCAAGCGUCGCAGUUAGAGAAGCGUCUGCAACUUGCAGAAGCAGAACUGGCGGAGAAAGCAUCUGAACUUUCCGAGAAAACGAAAGAAUUAACAAAUUGUAGGCAAUUAAUAGAUACGAUAACGAAAUUAACACAUUCCCAGUCGAAGAAAUGAAGAGUUGUGAUAUACAUAUAUAUUUGCUAUUUUUAUCAUAGGAAUUUUAUAAUAAACCUGUAUACAUCAAGACUGCAA